CGCCUUUUGGUAGCGUUUCAUAGCACACAGGGCUUGAAGUGUCCUCGUAUUCGGAAAAAAGUGUCCUGAUCCCGAUCAAAGCAGGAGUGGAAGAAGUAGCGAUGGACUCAGACGACGACCUGCGCCCAGAGGAGAUGUUGCCACUGAGCCAGAGACCAGAGUGGUCGGAUGUCGUUCCCAUCCCCCAAGACGAUGGUCCCAACCCGGUGGUGCCCAUCGCCUACAAGCCAGAGUUCGAGGAGACCAUGAACUACUUCCGCGCCAUCUAUCUCUCUGACGAGCGAUCGCCUCGAGCGCUCCAACUCACCCACCUAGUCAUACUCCUAAAUCCCGGCAAUUACACUGUUUGGCAUUUCAGGCGUCUAGUACUUGAGGCACUCAACGCAGACCUGGAUGAAGAGCUGGAUUAUGUUGCACGGAUUGCCAAGAAAAACACCAAAAACUAUCAGAUAUGGCAUCAUAGGCGGUGGGUUGCUGAGAAAUUAGGGACCAAUGCUAUGGCUAAGGAACUUCAGUUUACCAGGAAGAUCCUUUCCCUGGAUGCUAAAAAUUAUCAUGCCUGGUCACACCGGCAGUGGGUACUACAGGCUUUAGGAGGAUGGGAAGAUGAACUCGACUAUUGUGGGCAGCUCCUUCAAGAUGACGUGUUUAACAACUCUGCUUGGAAUCAGAGAUAUUUUGUUAUAACUCGAUCUCCCUUACUUGGAGGCCUAAAAUCCAUGAGAGAGUCUGAAGUAAAGUAUACAGUUGAGGCCAUCUUAGCUAACCCUGAGAAUGAGAGCCCAUGGCGAUAUCUUCGAGGCCUCUACAAAGGUGAUAGCCAGUCUUGGAUUAAUGAUCUUCAAGUCUCUUCUGUAUGUUUGAAGGUGCUGAAUAGCAAAACGAACUACAUAUUUGCGCUGAGUGUGCUCUUGGAUCUUCUUUGCGAUGGUUUUCAAGCAAACCAAGAGUUUAUAGAUGCUGUCACUGCUCUGAGGACAUCAAAUGCUGAUCCACUAGAUACUGACUUGGCCAAAGCAGUAUGUUCUGUCUUGGAGCAUGUCGAUCCAAUACGAGUUAACUAUUGGACCUAUCGCAAGAGUAAUCUGCCAGUGUCGGCCUAACGAAUGGUUAAGCAUCAUCUGCUGCUUCUUGGAUUGAUGAGUUUUUCAAGGAUAGAUUUGCAGAUGCGAGGACACAGUUCUGAAAACUAAUUUCUUGUAAUUUGUAUGAUUAUAUGCCCAACUUUUAGCGUAUAAAGAUGUAUUUUCGCCAGUAGAUAAGGUGACACUUCAAAUUUGACUGAACCUUGUACUAUUUUUGUUAUUCUUCUAUUGAUGGUCACUAAUACAUGUUGGGUAGACAUUUAAGUUCA